AUGUUCAACAGUUCAGUUGAGCUCCCUUUGAACAAGAAGGGGGAUAUUUUGGAAGUUAUCAAUGGCACUUGGCAACUUCUUUACAACGUCCUGGAGAACAUCGGUCCCACAACUAUGCGCAAUGAGACAUGCGGGGAGCAGCUGCUGCAUUUCGGGCGCCCGGAGAAGAUCAUCAUCGGGGUGAUGCUGGCCAUCAUCACGGCGGUUACCGUGAUGGGAAACACGCUGGUCGUGAUCGCGGUGUGCGUGGUGAAGAAAUUAAGGCAGCCUUCAAACUACCUCCUGGUGUCUUUAGCUGUGGCCGACCUAUCCGUAGCUAUAGUGGUGAUGCCGUUUGUGAUAGUGACCGACCUCACCGGGGGCAAGUGGCUUUUUGGCGAAGUCUUUUGCAACAUAUUCAUCGGCAUGGAUGUAAUGUGCUGCACUGCCUCCAUCAUGACCCUGUGUGUGAUCAGCGUGGACAGGUAUCUGGGGAUCACACGGCCCUUAACCUACCCGGCACGACAGAAUGGUCAGCUGAUGGCAAAGAUGAUCUUGGGCGUGUGGUUGGUUUCAGCAUCCAUCACUUUGCCCCCCUUUUGCGGCUGGGCUAAAAACGUCCACACAGCCGGCGUGUGCCUCAUCAGCCAAGACUUUGGCUACACCAUUUAUUCCACAGCCGUAGCCUUUUACAUUCCUAUGCUGGUAAUGCUCUUCAUGUAUUACAAAAUCUUCCGGGCAGCCCGCAAGAGUGGUGCCAAACACCGCUUCACUGACCUUUCCCGCCGCGAGCGCCUCGAAACGGUGACUAAUGAGGCGCUACGAAUGCAGGGCCUGAAGCCUCCUGGUGUGGCGGAGGAGUGCGCCGCUUUGUCCCGACUGCUGAACCGUGAACGGAGAAACAUCUCCAUUUUCAAACGAGAGCAGAAAGCGGCCACAACACUAGGGGUUAUAGUUGGGGUCUUCACUGUGUGCUGGCUGCCAUUCUUCAUUCUGUCCACUGCAAGGCCCUUUAUCUGUGGGGUAGUGUGCAGCUGUGUACCCAUCUGGCUGGAGCGCACUCUGCUGUGGUUAGGUUACGCCAACUCCUUAAUGAACCCCUUCAUCUAUGCCUUCUUCAAUCGAGACCUGCGCUCCACUUAUCGUGACCUUCUUCGCUGCAGAUAUCGAAACAUCAACCGCCGACUGUCGGCGGUGGGCGUGCACGAAGCCCUCAAGGUUUAA